AUCCAAUUAAGAAAACUUAGAACUCUCUCUUGCAGUCUGUGUCACUAGUGAUCUUCUAAUUUGAGUCUCUUUUGCAGUCAGUGUCACUAGUGGUCUUCAAGAUCACAAGAUUGAAGUGAUCUUUAUGGCUAUAAAUUCAUGGGAGCAUUGAGGAACGGAUUACUAAAAUCUCAAAGCCCAGCUCUUCCAGGCAUAGGAAACAUGGAUUCCAAUAUUAAGGAAUUUGCAGAGGAGACUUAUGUUCCCACUUUUGCGCCAUCUCUACCAGUUCCAAAUGCUCAAGAAAUGAUGAGGUCUGACCCUUUUCAGGUUCCUGAAAGAUACGCAAGGAACCAUGACGACAUGCAAAGUGACACAGUUCAGCCUCAUCUUUCCUUUGAGAUUCCUGUCCUUGAUUUAUCAUUGCUGUCAAAAGGAGACGCAGAGGAGCUUAAGAGGCUGGAUCUUGCUUGCAAAGACUGGGGCUUCUUUCAGGUGAUAAAUCACGGAGUAGCAAGCGAAGUGCUGCAGAAUACAAAGGACGUCACAGCUGAGUUUUUUGAUCUUCCACUAGAAGAGAAGAACAGGUAUUCAAUGCCUUCGGAUGACAUACAAGGUUAUGGACAUGCUUAUGUGGUUUCUGAAGAACAGACACUCGACUGGUCCGAUGCACUUAUUCUCGUCGUUUAUCCAACCCAAUAUCGUAAGCUACAACUUUGGCCAAACCAACCCACGGGAAUUAGGGAAGCCAUUGAGAUGUACUCGAGUGAAGUCAGAAGAAUGGCGGUGGAGCUCCUAGGUUCACUGUCUCUGAUUAUGGGGACAGAAAAGGAUGCUCUGCUUGGUCUGCACAAAGAGUUGGUACUAGGUUUGCGUGUAAACUACUAUCCUCCCUGCCGCUCUCCUGACAAAGUAUUAGGUUUAAGUCCACACUCGGACUCAAGCACCAUAACCAUACUCAUGCAAAAGGAUGAUGUAUGUGGGUUACAAGUUAGACAUGGAGGAGCAUGGGUGCCCCUCAAGCCCAUCCCCAAUGCUCUUGUUGUGAAUGUUGGAGAUGCUAUUGAGAUAUGGAGCAAUGGGAAGUACAAAAGCAUUGAGCACAGGGCUGUGACAAACGAGAGAAAGGCAAGGAUAUCGUAUGCAGCAUUUGUCUGCCCACACGAUGAUGUAGAAAUUGAGCCACUAGGUUAUGUGCCAGAUGCCGAAAGCUCCGAUAAGAUGUACAAGAAGGUCAGGUUUGGAGAUUAUCUGAGGCAAUCCAUGAAUAGGAAACUGGAUGGAAAGGCCAACAUUGACUUCGCGAAAAUGGAGACUCUUAAGUAGAGGGCAAAUUGAAAGAUUGAUAUGCUCUGUUUGUAUGUAACGUUAUUUCUUGCGUUUCUCUUCUCCAACAUAGCUUUUACAUACUUUGUUCAAUGAAGACUGAUGAGCCACGACGAUCCGGGAGGCGCCAUAAGGCGAAUCCCAAAUAUUUGGGAUGAGCCUGUACGUGAAAGAUCGUUGCAAACGUAGCGGGCAGUAGACGGAACCAUUUAAGCACGUGGAAAGUAGAGGGCAAGACUGGGUCGUCGUCCAGUAGAGAGUUUUACGUGCGAGUGGGUCUUCAGCUGCAAAUGGAUCCUCAGUAGUUGCGUUAUUGUUGCGUUAUUUACGUCACUUUUAUUUCAUGCAGUUAUGUUCUAUUUUGCAUGUAUUGUUUUAUGUGUGUUUGCGUCCAGUUGUUGGUUUCUCAUUUCCUUUUGCUUCGGUUGCCGUUGUAUGAAGUUUUGCUUAUUUAAGCAGCCUACAGUUGUCAAUGAAGAUCCAGAAAUCAUUUGUCAUUCAAAA